AUGAAGGUCGAACGGCUCGACUACGCAGAUUUCCUGAGCGAAGCGCCCGACCGACAGGAGGCAUUUGGACAACACCUCUAUGCGGCCCUCUCACAAUUGGGCUUCGCGAAGAUCACCAACCAUCCUAUCCCUAAGGAUAUCAUUCUGGAACUAUUUUCCUGGGGCAAGGCAGUUCUGGAUCUAAAGGAAUCCUUCGACAUGGGGCCGAAGGACGACAACCUCUAUCCAAACAUUUGGUCCGAUGAGAGCGAUCUCCCGGGAUUCCGGGCCUUUAUGGAGAACUUUUACGCCCAGUGCGACGCAUUGCACCUGCAGCUGCUGUCGGUUAUUGCGCGAUCGAUGAAGCUGCCAGACCCAGACUCGUAUUUCGCAGCGCUGUGCGCCCAGAAUAGCAGCGAACUGCGCCUGAACCACUAUCCAGCCGUACCUCGCCGUGACCUUGAUCUCGAUCCCACGAAUGGAACAGGAAACAUGCGUAUCUCGAGCCAUACCGACUUUGGGACCAUCACUUUGCUUUUCCAAGACUCCGUUGGGGGCCUAGAGGUCGAGGACCAGACACAGCCAGGCCAGGGACAAUACCUGCCCGUCACAGCGGACAACUGUACCGAUAUCAUCAUUAAUGUGGGGGACUGCCUGCAGCGCUGGACUAACGACCGCCUGCGCUCGGCUAAUCACCGAGUAACCCUACCACGGGGUUUGGGAGACGGCGACGGCGAGGGCCUGGUGGACGAUCGAUACUCGAUUGCUUACUUUGGCAAACCGAGUCGUGAUGUCUCGGUUGGCACCUUAACAACAAUACUGCGCCCAAACGAGGACGCCAAGUACUGCGAAGAGAUGACAGCCUGGCAGUACAACCAAUCGCGCCUGCUGCAAACUUACUAG